UAAUUUAGUUAAAUUUACAUUGCCAAGGUCCUCUAUGCAUGUUGGACAGAAGUCUGUAAAAGAUCGAGCGAUGCGCACAUAAAGCUUGUUGCGACGCUAACUGUAAAUAAAUAAUGACCUAAUUGUACCUUACGUCUUCGCUAUUUCGGUUCCUGAAUGAUCGCUAUUUGCUGAUGUGAUUUUGAAUGUCAAGCAGUGUCCCACAACACCUUGCGACGACAGUGUAGCAUUCAUCAAUAUUCAGAGGAGAAACUUGUUGAGAGUGUAGUGCCUACUUUCGAAGAUUUCUAAGGGCACUCCCUUUCUCUGUAACUGCAAAUAUCUAAUUACAAAGCUUUUCCAUGACUUUAAUAGAAGAAAAUGUGAAAAUGCCGUUUUUCUAUUAAUAAAUAUAACUCCAACUCCGCAUAUGAUUUGGAAAGGUCACUAUGUAUUGUGCCAAGAUGCCUCAUUACGAUGAGAGUUUUAUCCACGACGAUAAUCAGAAUCAGAGAAGAAAUAAACGGAGCUACCAUGUUUACAAGACAGGAUUACACCCUUUGGGCUUUCUUGAAUCUAAUGAUGUAAUACAUGCUGUAGAAGUAAGAGGUACUUCUGUAAUAAAACGCAAUAUUAUGAAUAUCAAGCAUCGCGGUAACAGAUAUAAACCAGAGUCAUCCGCGUCCCAAACUGUGAUUGUAACGAAAUGUAAAAAGCCCGACAUAUUAGUAAGUCACUACCCGCGCAUCAGUACCUUCGAUCCACGGAAAUAUGAUAUACGUAACAAUAAUAUUCCGCAAUUAACGCCCUGCAAGAGUUUCGAUAACUUGACAUUAAAAAAGGGUAAGAAAGAUUCUAUAAAAGACAAAAUAAGAAAUGGAACCAGUCUUCAAAAUUUGUUGCACGACGAAAGUUUGAAACAUUACGUUUCUCCUGUUGAAGAUUGUAAAACUGCCCGUAAGGGGGGUGACGUUAGAAAUUCGUAUUCUGUAGUGGAAGCUCGUCGAAGACCCGUGCAACGCCGCUUUUCGCGGACUACUGCGGUUCCCGGUGUCGGUGUUUAUCGGAAAAUUAGCGGAGACGGUGUCGCUAGCAAUCAUUUGAACGAGAACGAGGUUUGCGGUGAAGCGGGGUCGGGGCACCGCGGAUCAUUGCGCGGCGCCAACAAACUAGCGCGGCGCGCGCGCUCCUUCAAGGACGACCUACUCGAGCGCAUCUCAAACAUGCGUUCGCCUGCGCAGCCUCCCCAUCCGCCGCAUCUCGCUUCCAAUAUCAGGUCGCACUCCCCACUUAGUCCGAAACCUCGGAACAUGGGAGCCAAAUCCGUCACGGCGGAGGAGGGUGAAAUCACACCUGCCAAAGAACUCGAACGGCUAGUCAAAGAGGUCACAUUCGGUUUAAAACAUUUCUCCGAUGUCAUCACAAAGAGGAAACUGGAAAUGUUGCCGGAUAACGGCACUAUUGUUUUCGAAUCGAUCGCAAAUAUACACAAAGCAAUAAAACCAUACUGCAGCCGGUCGCCGCAGCUCAUGAGCGCCGUGAAGCGGCUGUGCACGGCACUAGCCAUGCUGAUACGACUUUGCGACGAAGUGACCGUGGUCAGCUUGCGAGCCAACGCCGACGACACGGAGAUGGAGACGUCGACGGCGGCGCUGUCGCCGGAGCACGUGAGCUCGGUGGUGAAGGGCGUGACGGCGGCCGUGGAGGAGGUGGCGGCGCUGGCGCAGCAGCACAUGGCGCGCCCCGCGCUGUCGCCGCGCCCCGCGCUCGUGUCGCCGCGCGCCUCCACGCAGAGGAACUCUCUACCCGACAUACCUCUUACGCCUAAAGAGUUGUCCCUCCUAACGGGAGAACCCGGUACGGAAACGAGCGGCGUGCGUGCGUCACACUCGUCGGAGUCCAUAUUAGACGCGCCAGACUCGCCACCGCCCAAGCCAGCCAGGCCGGUCUCCAAUCGGAAAAUCGAGUUGGCCCCUCCUUUACCGCCAAAGCGCAAGUCCGCGAACGACAACUCCCUACUAGGACUGUCCAUAGACAGAUUAUCACUUCAAUCCCACAGCAGUGGCUCUCUAGAUUCAAUGCUCAAUGUGUCUAAUGAUGAAGACAGAAAUACACACGAUUCUAUGAACCAUGAAGUAUUUGUUACUCCGCCUAACUCUGAUUUAGUGGGCAUAUGCAGUUGCAAUAACAUGAACGAAAUGCGAACCUCAGUGGAGUCGCACGAGUCUCACAUGAACAAUGUCCACGGUCACUCCAACCACAAUCGUUUCUCCAACGAAUCCGGUUUCGUGUCGGUCGGUCACUCGGAGAUAUCAACAGAACACAGUUUUACAUCGACAUUCUCUUCGCAUCACUACUCUAGUCAUACGGACAGUACUUUUGAAAGUACAGAGUAUGUGAGCGAAAUGAAGUGCACUCUGCAGAGCGUUGAGGGCCGCAUGUUCAGUGUGAACUCUGUGGCCGCGCACAACUCCUCAAAACUGGCGAGCAUCACGUCGGACGAAAGCGAGACGCCGCCCGAGCUGCCCGUCAAGACGCGCCGCGCCGUGCGCGCCGAUAUGCAGCAGUACUUCCCCAACGUCGAGAUCAGGAAAACGCCACCGUUCUCGCUGCACGAGGCGCGGCCGCACACUCUCGCAGAGCACAAUCACCAGCGACCGCCGCCACUACCACUCAAAAAGAAACACAUGUUUCAAAGCGUCGCGUACAGCGUAAUGGCUUACAUGGAAAUGUUUGGAAACUGCAGUCACACGCUCAACGCUCACCCUCCGAUCAAUCCCGAGGCUCCACCGGACAUGUUUAGGCAUUCAAUACACACGUAUAAUUUAACGAGUGCACAACAUUCGAGUACUGGAGCGAUAAGCGUGGGUCACCACCAGAUGCAAAGGACUAUGGCUUCGUCGUUAACGGUUCAACAUUUGAGUACACCACCAUUAAGUGGUUCUGAAGAUAGUGUCAGUAUGAAGACAUCGAGCAGAACUAGUCCAGUACCUCCCGAGCCUCCAGCGCUACCACCAAAGAUGAAUAAGACUAAACAGAUAUCAAUGAAUUCGAGCAAUGAACUUUUACCCCCACCUUCACCGCGGCCGUCUUCAAAUAACAGUUCAGCUGAUGAAUCUAUGCUCAAUAACGUGAGUACAGACGAUUUGUAUGUGAGCUCGUCAUCUCCGGGCAAGUUUCCCGUCGACGAGGAGGAAUUAGAUAGACUCGUGCCUCUGCCUUCUCCCGUGCCUUCACAGAGAAGUGAAAGCAGCACAGAGCCUGUACAGCAAGUAUCCGAAGCAAAUGACACAAUCACAUCCGAUUCUGACGAUAUUAUCCUGCAGACGGACGUUAGUGGUUGGCUCCUUUUGAAGGGUACCACCAAAGAGGGUUCCGAAGUGCGCGAAGUACGCGGUGGUCACCCAGACGCCUUAAUAGUACUCGCUACUAAAGCUACCAAAGAAACGGACGAGUAUUUCGCGUAUCAGGAAGCAUUUCUGGCGACGUACAGGACGUGGGUGUCUCCGGGCGAGUUGGUGCGCAAACUGGUGCGGCGCGCGCACCACUACCGCCCGCGACCGCACGAACUGCGCUCCACGCUCAGCCUGCUUACGAGGGUCGUGGCCGAUCUCACAAUGGCUGACCUAGAACGAACGUUAAUGCAGGAAAUUAUGGAAUUCAUUUAUUGGCUCGUUGAAACGGAGGAGCUCCCUAUAUCAAAAGCUCUAAGACAAAUAUUAGUCGAUAAACAGAAACAAUUACAUUUCCAAAAUACAAAUAACAAAUACGAAUACGACAUGCCCUGUUAUGGUACCGUAUCCCUUCGUCGGGACACGUUAUUAGACUUCAAAGCUAGUGAGUUAGCUGAGCAGAUGACGCUACUAGACUCAGCUUUAUUUGUUCGUAUAACCACCGCGGAGGUGCUCUCCUGGCCGCGCGACCAGUCCGAGGAGAGCUCGCCCAAUUUGACGAGGUUUACCGAGCACUUCAACAAGAUGAGUUACUGGGCACGCUCCAGGAUAUUAGAGCAAUACGAAGCGCGCGAGCGGGAGAAGUACGCGAGCAAGGUGCUGAAGGUGAUGAAGGCUCUGCGCAAGCUGAACAACUUCAACUCGUACCUGGCGCUGGUGUCGGCGCUGGACUGCCCGCCCGUGCGGCGCCUGGGCUGGCCGCGCGCCGUGGCCGACGCGCUGCGCGACCACUGCGCGCUCAUCGACUCCUCGCACUCCUUCCGCGCCUACCGCAACGCGCUCGCCGACACGCAGCCGCCCUGCAUACCCUACAUCGGCCUAUUUCUUCAAGACCUUACGUUCGUACACGUGGGGAACCCGGAUUUACUUCCCGACGGCAGUAUUAAUUUCACGAAACGAUGGCAACAGUAUAAUAUAAUGGAAAACAUGAAACGUUUCCACAAAGAGCAGUACAAGUUCAAGAAGAACGAGCGCAUCCAGGCAAUGUUCAACGAGUUCGACGACGUGCUCAGCGAGGAAACCAUGUGGCAGAUCUCGGAGACCAUCAAGCCGCGCGGCGGGCGCUCGCGCAACGCGUCCGCGCCGUCGCCGCCCGCGCCGCCCGCGCCCGCGCCGCCCGCCGCCGCCACGGCCGCCACGUAAAUCGAUACAAAUCCAAAGAUAAAAGAUGGAGAAGCAUGAGAAGAAACGACUCGACAUAAAUGUGAGAUUUUAUCUAUGAGGAAUUGUUUAAAUUAGAUAAAAUAUUGUGAUUAUCUGUCCUAAAAUGGCCUAAUUAUUUUUAGUGUAUUUAUUGGUAAAUGUGGUUUCAACUGUGAUUGGUCCGAUUGUGUAUAGAACGCUUAAAACAUGUUAGCUUACUAGCACUUGGUUUGAGACUUAUAAUAUUUAAAGUCCAUAUUAUCACCACAUAACUUGUAUCAAAAAAAAAAGUCAAAACUCGACCCAAAUCAACGUUUACCAUCAAAUAGUUGAGUCGUAAUGAAAACAAAAUUCCUAAAUCAAGCCAAAUCCCUAUCAAUAUUUGUACCGUUACCGGCAUACAUAUCAGCAUGUGACUUGCAUAGUUUCUUACAAUGGAAUACGACGCGUAGUGUAGAUAACUGAUAUUCUUCUAGUUAUUGUGAUUUGUUCGUUGAUGUCAUAAAAAAACAAACAUAAUUAUAAACAGACUUCGAAAGCUAAAUUUCAAUACAUCGAAUUAGAGGAAUUCUUUAAAAUUUGUAAGUAGUAGACGAGUUGCUAUAUAAUAAUUAGUGAUAGUGUUAACGCAUGGUGAAACUAAUUUCAUGAAAUUUGUAUUUAAUAAUAAAUAAUCUAUAGUUAUUUCAUAAAGUGCAUUUUAUAUAAACAUUACAGAUUUUUCGCUGUUAUGGUAGUAUUGUGUAUUUGUAUCUACUUUUCAAAAACUUUCGACUUGUUAUGUGAUAUUUGAAUUGCAAAACGAUUUGUAAUGUCAGUUGAAUUAUAAAUAAUGAUAACAUGCACGUUACCUGCCUUAGUGAAUAAGAAAUGGGACAAUUCCUUUUAAAAUUCAGAAUGAAAUGAAACUGGUUACAAUGUCAAAAGGAAAGAGAGUUUCUUGACCUGUGUCAUUCUCAAUCAAACCAUAAAUAUAGCAAUAAUAAAAUGUAAUUAAAAUUACAGUUACGCCUUUGUAAUGUAAGAUUAUAAUGACAUUUUACUGUUACUUGUAUGAACAGUUUGUGUGAAUGACAAGGAACGAGGAAGUUGAAUUUAGGUUGAGAAAUGUUUGAAAUUGUAUACAUCUAGUCAAAUGGGGCUUCCAUAGCGAAUAAUCGUAUUGAACACAACCCCGUGCUAUUAUUUCAUGAAAUAACUAUACAUAUCAGUAAUAUUGUGUGCCAAAUGUUGAUAUUGAGAAAUGUCCCAUUUCAAAUAGAAAUAUAUAUUUUCGAAAAGUUUGCAGUUGCUUAUUUUCAUAGUACAAGUGACUGAUCGGAAUUAUAAAAUGCAUAUUUAGUUAAUAAUAUUUCACUUACGUUCGUCUGGUCAGUUAUAGGAGGUGUAUGAGAAUGCUACUGCAACAUAACUUGGGUCAGUUUAAGGUUGGUUCUUGCUAUUCUAUUUUAUAAAUAAAUUUACAUACUGUGUAUUUAUAGCAUUCGUACUACAUUACGUGCGUCUUCGCAUAUUGUUUAGAAAGCUUAAUAAAAAAAUGGUAACUGAGAUAAUUCACACACUAAUACUACGUGUCAAUCAAUAUAGUUUCACAUUUAGUUUGUAUAAUGACAUUCUGAAGAGUUGGAUUUGUUUGAUAUACUGAGACGAUGAGAUUUAUCCAUGUUGUGGUUUUGCGAAGCUUGAGACGGCAACACAGCUUAUAUACUGCUGAUUUCAUUUAUACUAAGUAUAUUAUGCGACGCAAUAUUUUACGCGUGUUCUAAUAAUAAAAUUUGAUACAUAUUAUUAUUUUUGAUAAUCAGAAAUUAUAUUUUUCCUAUUAAUUGUCGCCUACAAGGUGGCAAAAUGUUUACGAUAAAUCAUACUUUUGAGAUCUAAACUUGUUUAUAACGGAAGUAUUUGUGUCGUUUUACUAUUUAUUAAAAGCUUAGGACGCAGCCAAGGAUCUAUUGUAGCGAUAGACUAAUUAGGAUUCGAUGGUUUCUAUUUGUAUGGAAGUAAUGGUUACAAUAAACGAUUUUUAAAUGUUAAUUAUAGAUAAUACAAAAUAAUCGUACACGGUUUAAUUACUUUUGCCUUAAGACUAUCGAGUCUUGAAAUAGCAAUAAAUUUUUUUAUCGUAGAAUCGCUGCACAUUUGUGAUAAUAAUUAAUCACUCAUUCGAGUGCCGCUUACUACUCGGUUGACGUCCUCUAUACGUAGACAAAUUAUAUUAGAGAAAUAUUAGCCUUAAGCGUUCAUAAACCCCAUUUAUCUGCCGGAUCAUUGAUCGGAUCGGAUACCGACAUUUGGUCGCUAUUAUAAUAUUAGGACAAUUUUAUUUCAUUUUCGAUGAACUAUCGACAUAUUACGAAUAGCUCGUCGAAGACAAAUAACAUUGUAUUAUAAUAUUGAGUUAUUGUGACAGACCUUUCAAUUAGAUAAAUUAAUUUAUUCAAUUAAUAAUUAUUGAAUUUAUAUAAACAUCUGAUGUUAUUUUAUUUAAUUGUAUUAUUUAUUCGUCCAUCGAUCCCGAGGUUUGUCACGAUAGUGUUUAUUUCGAAACGUAUAGUAAUAGUUGUCAUGACACGGUAUAUUGUAUUUUGCAGUGUAGAUUGAUAAUGUAAUUACAACGAUCUGGUAAUGUUGUAUCUUUUGGGAUAGAGAGCCCGCGCAAUAAAUAACUAGACCAAUAUUUAGAAUAUUUUACAGUGCUUUAUUGAUACGAUGUGCUGAUAUUGUAAUUUGUAUGUAAAAAUAAUUUGAAACGUAGUUAAGUUGGUAGGUAUGUUACCAUUUCUAUGAUUGUUUUUUUGGACCUAUUUCGUAGCGUUUUAAAGAGACCGUCACUAUUGAAGACUUAAUCCAUAAACUAAAUUAAUAAAGGCUAUUUAUUAUUAUAAAUAUAAA